UUGGUUACAAAUCACACUGGCUUUGCCCGAAGGUUCUCUCCCCCCACCCCACUCGAACCCCUCCCACUCUUUUUUAGCAUGCUGCCCAUGGGGACCUGGACCACUGCUGUCAGAGCGGUAGGUCGGGGUGGUUUAGUGGCGAGGGAGAAGCUGUAACUUCUACGUGACCAUGGUACCUGUUGAAAACACAGAGGGCCCCAAUCUGCUGAUCCAGAAGGGGAGAGAGGCGGAGACCGAUGGCAGCUGUGGAGCCAGCGGCGGCCGGCAUCCUGCCUGCGCGGGAGGUUGCAGCAUGUUCACCUUCCUGACAUCUGUCACUGCAGCAGUCAGCGGCCUCCUGGUGGGUUACGAACUGGGGCUCAUCUCUGGAGCCCUUCUUCAGAUCAGAACCCUGUUAUCCCUGUCAUGCCACGAGCAGGAAAUGGUCGUGAGCUCCCUGCUCAUUGGGGCGUUCCUGGCCUCUCUCACUGGAGGUGUGCUGAUAGACAGAUAUGGGAGAAGGCUCACCAUCAUCCUCUCGUCGUGCCUCCUAGGACUCGGAAGCUUGGUCUUGAUAAUGAGCUUGUCCUACACUGUACUUAUUAUGGGACGCAUUGCCAUCGGGGUAUCCAUUUCCUUGUCUUCCAUUGCCACUUGUGUGUACAUCGCAGAGAUUGCUCCCCAGCACAGAAGAGGCCUCCUUGUGUCCCUGAAUGAGCUGAUGAUUGUCAUCGGUAUCCUCUUUGCCUACAUUUCAAACUAUGUGUUUGCCAGUGUCUUCAAUGGUUGGAAGUAUAUGUUUGGUCUUGUCAUUCCCCUGGGGCUUUUGCAAGCAAUUGCGAUGUACUUUCUUCCGCCAAGUCCUAGGUUUCUGGUAAUGAAAGGACAGGAGGAGGCUGCCGGCAAAGUCCUCGGGAAGUUAAGAGUGAUCUCAGACACCACCGAAGAACUAACUUUGAUCAAGUCUUCCUUGAAAGAUGAGUAUCAGUAUAGUUUCUGGGAUCUGUUUCGCUCCAAGGACAACAUGAGGACCCGAAUCAUGAUAGGUCUGACGCUGGUGUUUUUUGUACAGACCACUGGCCAGCCAAACAUACUGUUCUAUGCAUCGACUGUCUUGAAGUCCGUUGGCUUCCAGAGCAACGAGGCAGCCAGCCUUGCCUCCACUGGAGUUGGAGUGGUCAAGGUAGUUAGCACCAUCCCAGCAACUCUCCUUGUGGACCACGUUGGUAGCAAAACCUUCCUCUGCAUUGGCUCCUCUGUGAUGGCUGCUUCACUGUUGACCAUGGGUAUUGUGAAUCUCAACAUCAACAUGAAUUUCACCAAUAUCUGCAGAAGCCAUAGCCCUCUUAACCAGUCCCUGGAGGAGCCUGUGUUCUAUGCAACCGAGAACCUGUCAAUUGGCAACAGCAGUCUUGGGGAGCACUUUAAAGGAGUCCCCCCACACAGCAGGGGCUCAUUCAUGCCUAUGGGACAUGGCAUGGAGCAGAAAGGGGAGAUGCCCCUCACUUCUUUACCAAAUGCUGGACUGAGCCAAACCGAACACCAGGUAGUCGCAGACGCUGCUGUUGUCCCAGCUGCUUACAAAUGGCUGUCCUUGGCCAGCUUGCUUGUGUAUGUUGCUGCUUUUUCAAUUGGUCUAGGACCGAUGCCCUGGCUGUUGCUCAGUGAGAUCUUUCCUGGCGGAAUUAGAGGCCGAGCCAUGGCCCUGACUUCUAGCAUGAACUGGGGCAUUAAUCUUCUCAUCUCUUUGACAUUUCUGACGGUGACUGAUCUUAUUGGCUUGUCAUGGGUUUGCUUCAUAUAUACAAUCAUGAGUCUAGCAUCCCUGGUUUUUGUUGUUCUGUUUAUACCUGAGACUAAGGGAUGCUCUUUGGAACAAAUAUCAAUGGAGCUAGCAAAAGCGAACUAUGUGAAAAACAACAUUUGUUUUAUGAGUCAUCACCAAGAAGAAUUAGUGCCAACACAACUUCAGAAAAGAAAGCCCCAAGAGCAGCUCCCAGAGUGUAAGAAGCUGUGUGGCAGGGGACAGCCACAGCAGCCUUCUCCAGGACCCUAAGGGGCUCAGAUCCUUACACGUGGUGCUGUGGCAGAACCUACUACAGGGGGGUCGGCCAUGGCUUCUCCUCAGUGUCACGGAGAACUUUUACAUGGACACCCUGAAAUUAGAAAGACAACCUUUAAUCCUCUUCCCCAAAUGGGACCUUUGUCAAAAGGUAGAUGAGGCAUUACCAAUGCCCUAAUAUAUCAGGUUUUAAAAAAAAAAGAAACAAUAACAAAAUCCUGACAGGUUCAAUACCUUCUAUGUUCUCCCCAGUGCAGCCUUUGAAAGACGAAGUUCUAGUGACAAGGCCAGCCAUGCCAGUCACAGCUUAAUACUUAGACACAGAAGCAUUCUGGGCGGGUAUUCACCAUCUUUGCCUCUGAAGCCACCCCUUGCUCUGGGUCCUCUGUCAAAACACGGCGGAUGAUUCAAUUGCACCUGUGUUGUAGAGUAGGGACUAUGGUGUCCUGGGAAGACUACUGACAACUCAAGUCCACCAUUACCAAGAUUACGUAGCUAGGACAGCACACAUAAUGAAAAAGUCAAUCAAAAUAGCCUUUUUAAAAUUUUAUGUGCAUUUUAAAAAAUGUUAAAAAAAUAAAGCAUUUUUCCGUUUUUUAAAA